GGGGCUGGCCCGGCUGCGGGGCUCGUACCGCGGCCACAGCGGCAGCGGGGCGGCAGGAGCGGAGCGCGGAGCACGGCAGGUUAAAACAACAAUCAGUGUUAUGGAGGAGGACUUAGAAGUGUUCCAGGAGCAAGAUGUGACUAAAACUUCUCCGUGUGAAGCUGAACUUCAGGAAUUAGUGCAUCAAAUUGACAUCAAGGUAAACAGAAAGCAAGUAGAAUGGGAAAGAAAGAUGAGAGCUUUGGAAGCAAAGAUGGAUAUCCAGGAUCAAGAAUUAGCAAGUGCCCAAAGCAAACUGGAACAAAAAGGUCAAGAGGUGGGACUACUUCAGCAAGAAUUGGAAAACUUACAGAAAACUAAAAAUGGAAUGGCUCAGAGUUAUGAAACUCAGCUUCAAGCACUGAAAACUGAAUUCUCAAAGUUGACACAUAGUUACGAAAAGCUACAGUCACAUCACUUGAAACAAAAAAAGCUCGAAAGUAGAGAAAAAUGUGAGGAAAACUUGGAGACAUCAUCUAACCCAAGGAAUUUAUAUGUGAAACUGGAGGAAUUUAAUCCAAAGUCACGAGAAUGGGAGAAGAAUGGGACAACCUGUGUAAAUGACCCUGUGGAUGUAGAUAUGCAAGCAAAAUUACUGCCCGAGAAAUGUAAUUUAUUUCAGAAGCAGACCCAGAAUUAUCAACUCCAAAUAUGCAAUAAGAAACAAAACCAGGAAGAGCUAAUUACCUAUACCCAGCCCAAAAUUGAAAACGAUGAUUUGAUUAUUGAAAAGAUAAAGACAAUUGUGAAUGAAAUAGCAAGAAACAAGAAUAAGCUGGUAGAAGAAAAUAGGAAACUCCAUGAGGAUCUAAAAAUGUACCAAAAUCAGUGUCAGAACAUGGAGGCAGACGUCUCAGAAAUGAGAAAUGAGCUGCAGUCAAGGGAUGGUCUCUGGAGAAGGAUACAACUGGAAUGCCAAAAGUUGUAUACGGAAUUAUUGAAAAUCAAAGAGUAUAAAAAUAUUCAGGAAAUUCCAAUAAAGUAUGGAUGGCAUCAGUCAUCUUGUGUGCAGCUUACUGAGCAACUAGAAAAUAAAAACACUGAGUUACUGCUGUUUGCAGAAAGUCGAGAACACCAAGAAGAAGAGCUGAACAAGAUAAGAAACCAUGUUUAUCGAGAGGAGCAGUCCCAUUGCUCUGAGCAGGAAAGAAUGAAGACAGAAAUCUCUGACCUGACAGAGGAGCUUCAUCAGAAGGAGAUCACUAUAGCAACUAUCAUGGAGAAAGCUAGUCUUCUGGAAAGACAGUUAAAAAUGGAGUUAGAGACAAAACACAAAUUGUUAACAAAACAACAGCUCUUGGAAUUCCGUUACCAAGUUAUCAAAUCUGAAAACACACAUCUAAAAGAAAUGGUGGAAAACCAGGAGUGUGAAAGUCGCAUGUGCAUAGAUUUAUGUAACAAAGAACAUGGAAAUUUCACAGCUUCUCUUCACAAAAUGAAACAUGAGAAUUUAGGACUACAAAAUAGCCUUGUUAAACUACAAAAUGACACAGAAACAUCGAUACUGGGUUGCAUGGAUACAUAUAGAGAAGCAGAGCACAGCUACCAAGCCCAUUCAAAGAUGAAAGAAGAGAGAGGUCAUGAAAAGAAAACAGUUUAUAAAUCUCCAGUACCACCAGCAGCCUAUCCUGUGGGCUUUCCUGGGCCAUUCCCUGAAGUGAGCAGAAAAGGCAGCUUUCAGAGUCCUGCUUACUAUGUGGAAGAAAGAAAAUUAUCAUCUCCCCCUGAGAUGUCAUUUCUUGCCACAACAGAAAAGUUCCUUCAAGAGGAAGAGAAACAUGCAAGAGAAUUUGAAGAACGUUUAAAUUCACACCUUGAAGAGCUGCAAAGACAUUCUGAAAAUACUCUAAAAAAAUAUGCCAGGAUACAGCAAAACAGGCAUACUUAAGCCAGUCACACAAUUAAGAAAAGCAAACCAAGUAAUCACCCAUGAGUUUCUCAGAACUAAAAUCUGCAACUAGCUGCUUAAUGUAUUUAGGCCCAUUGCCAAUAGCAUGUAUGUGUAACACCAAAUUUUCAAGAAAAUCAUCACUACCCUACAGAUUUAAGUAUAUUGUAACUUGACUACAUUACAAAAUAAACUCUAAACAUAUUCUAAAACAUACAUGUGGGUUUUGCACAGUUAAAUUGUGUGCAGCAGAGACCAUGUUGCAGCACUGUAAAUUAAGAUACAAUUCUGUAAUGUACAGAGGGCUGAUAAGUGGAAUUAUUCCAUUCAAAUUAGAAUCAACCAAGAGAAAUUCUCUAGAUUGUACAGGAAAAUAAUAAAGGCGUUUAAACAUGUCUUAGCUC